CUUCGAUUACUAUCGAUACUAUUCUUAUAAUGGCCCAGAGUGACACCCGGAAGAAGAGAGUGGCCGUGAUUGGCGCCGGGGCCGCCGGCAUGUCCUGCGCCUCAACCCUAGCCAACCACCCUGAUAGAUUCGACGUCACCCUGGUCGACAGCGCGCCACAGACCGGCGGACAAGCGACCACGAUCCCGCUGGACGGGGCCAAACACGGGGGCGCGACCUGGCUCAACGACGGGGUGCAGGGCGGAUCGCCGAUCUUCCGCCACACCUUCCACUUCUUCCGGCAGUACGGGUACGAGCCGCACCCAGUGCAGCUGCAGGUCUCGUUUGGCAAGGGGGCGGACAGCUUUUUCACGAAUGUGUUCCCGAGCCCGCUGGUGGACACGUACUCGGCGGAGAUCUCCAAGCUGGGCCGCGUGCUGCGGUGGAUCAAGCGCCUGAUGCCCAUUCUGGGAUUGAUGCCCAUCAAGGCCAUGCUGCGGCUGUUCCGCUUCAGCACGGACUUCGGGCACAAGAUGGUGCUGCCGCUGAUCGCGCUGUUCCUGGGGACGGGCAAUCAGACGCCCAACGUGGCGUGCGUGCUGCUCGAGCGGCUGUUCGACGACCCGCAGAUGCGGCUGUGGGAGUACGACGCGGACAUGCUGAUGCAGAACCGGCCGCAGAUGUACACCUUCCCAAAUCUGGGCCAGUUCUACGGCGACUGGAAGCAGGACCUGGCGCGGAAGGGGGUGCGGGUCCUGCUCGAGACGGAGGUGGACGUGCUGGAGCGGCAGUCCACCCGGAAACAAAACGGGGUGAAGCUGCGCAUCCGGUCGGUGAAGGAAGGACAGGCAGACACCGCCGACACCGCCCCAACGGAAGAAUUCGACGAGCUCAUCCUCUGUUGCCCGGCGGACGAGGCGCUGGCGAUGCUGGGCAAGCACGCGACGUGGCGCGAGAAGUACGUGCUCAACGGGGUCAAGUUUUUCAACGACCUGACCAUCACUCACACCGACUCGGAGUACUUCAACAGCCUGUUCGAAACCCGAUACAAGGAGGAGCUGUGUGGCAAGGCCAGCAGCGAGUCGCGCCAGGAGCAGAUCGCCUUCGCGCAGCAGAUGCCGCCCCGCUGCCGCAAGGACGGCUGGGAGGGGUUCGCCCCCAUGUACUUCACCCACUCGUUCGACUCGGACCCGGACAAGAUCGAAAUGGGCUUCGACUGCACCAACUACCAGCACCAAUUCCGCGACGCCAUCGGCGAGGACGCCCUCCCGCUGGAGCCCGAGCGCCAUGUCUACCAGACGAUCUUCCUCAACGAGGACCACAAGCAUCUGUGGACUUGGGAGGGCAUCGACGAGGACAAGAUUAUCGGCAAGAAAUGGUGGCAUCAAUUCGGCCACCGCUGGCAGCAUUACCUGCGGGUCGUGCCGGGGAUGAUGUUUAUUAAUGGCAAGAAUAAUACCUUGUAUGCUGGGGCGUGGACUAUGGUGAAUAUGCACGAAAUCGCGUGCAUCUCCGGCAUGGCGGCGGCCUACCGGCUGGGCGCAGUGUACGACCCCUUCGACGACUUCGCCGAGGAUGUCUUCUCCAAGUACCUCCUAGUCAGCCACGGGGUGAGAUAUAAGCGGAGGACAUGAGUAGAUAAUCCAAGGCUCGUACAUAAUCUUAG